UUAGAGUCGGUUCGUUCUAGACUGAACCAUCAGUACUGCAAACAUUAGGAAACCCGGGCGAGAGUGGAGCCACACACACACACACACACACACUGUACACACACACACACACACUGUACUCACUCACCGGGGGAGCAGAUGGAGCAGCAGGCGGGCUGCGGCGGGUCGGAGCGGGGGCUGAGCCGGGGUCCGGCGGGGUCUCGGCCGGUCAGCGCGGAGACUCUGGAGAGUCCGUCAGGUGCUCAUGUUGAGUGGUGUAAGCAGCUCAUCGCAGCGACGAUGUCCAGUCAGAUCUCAGGACCCGUCGCUUCAGACACCAUCUCUCGAGAUUAUAAGGCUGACUGUGAUGUUGGCAUUAAAGGAUAUCUCUUGGACGGAGAUCCUCAGAACACACCCUCUUCCUUGGCUCUGCGGGAGGGUAAUAAACAGGCUCAGCUGGAGGAAGCUCCUCGUGUUCCCGGGGAGAUCAUCAAAGCUAUAGCUAAAGAUGUGAUGUACAUCUGUCCGUUCUCUGGAGCUGUUAGUGGUACUCUCACCAUCACCGACUACAAGCUGUACUUUAAAAGCCUGGCGCGGGAUCCACCGUUUGUUCUGGAUGUGAAUCUGGGAGCUGUUAGCAGAUUAGAGACGAUUGGAGUUCAGAGUCACGGAGAAAACACCCGAGGCCUCGAGAUCGUCUGUAAAGAUCUGAGAAACCCGAGAUUUGCCUAUAAAAAGCAGGAACAAAGUAAACUGGAGAUUUUUGAGAUGUUGUCCAAGUAUGCCUUCCCUCUCUCACACAACAUGACUCUUUUUGCCUUCAGGUACCAGGAGAAGUUUCCAGAAGAUGGCUGGAAGGUGUAUGAUCCUGUAGCUGAAUACAAGCGACAGGGUCUACCGAACGAGAGCUGGUUGAUCAGUAAGAUUAACAGUAGUUAUGAGGUGUGUGAGACGUAUCCGGCGCUGCUGGUUCUUCCCGCCAGUAUCAGUGAGGACGAGCUGAAGCGAGUGGCGGCGUUUCGAGCCAAGCGUCGCUUCCCAGUGUUAUCGUGGAUUCAUCCUGAGAGUCAGGCGGCGAUCGUGCGCUGUGGGCAGCCGCAGGUGGGUCCAUCGGACCGGCGCUGCCGAGAGGACGAGAGAUACCUGCAGACCGUCCUGGACGCCAACGCCCAGUCUCACAAACUCUGCAUCUACGACGCCCGGCAGAGCAGCGUCGCCGACACCAACAAGGCUAAAGACGGCGGUUAUGAGAACGAGAGUUUUUAUCCUAAUGUGGAGCUGAACUUCCUGGAGAUUCCCAACAUUCACGUGAUGAGGGAAUCCCUGCGGAAGCUGAAGGAGGUGGUGUAUCCUGCUAUAGACGAGCAGCGCUGGUUUUCCUCUGUAGACGCCACUCACUGGCUGGAGUACAUCCGGCUGUUGCUGGCCGGCGCCGUGCGGAUCGCGGACCGGAUCGAGUCGGGGAAGACCUCGGUGGUGGUCCACUGCAGCGACGGGUGGGACCGGACCGCACAGCUCACCUCUCUGGCCAUGCUGAUGCUGGACUCGUACUACCGCUCGCUCAGGGGCUUCCAGGUCCUGCUGGAGAAGGAGUGGCUCAGCUUUGGACAUCGCUUUGCCUCGCGUGUCGGGCACGGCGAUCAGAACCAUGCUAACUCGGAGCGCUCUCCUCUGUUUGUGCAGUUUAUAGACUGUGUUUGGCAAAUGACCAGACAGUUCCCCUCAGCGUUUGAGUUCAAUGAGCUGUUUCUCAUUACCAUGUUGGAUCAUCUCUACAGCUGCCUGUUUGGGACAUUUCUCUACAACAGCGAACAGGAACGAGUUUCAAAGGAAGUGUUCAGUAAGACUGUGUCUCUGUGGUCGUAUAUAAACAGUCAGGUGGAGGACUUCUCCAACCCGCUGUAUGUGAACUGUGAGCAUCAUGUGCUGUACCCGGUGGCCAGCCUGAGGAACCUGGAGCUCUGGGUGAGCUACUACGUACGCUGGAGCCCCCGAACCAGACCUCAGGUGCCCGUUCACCACCAUAUGAAGGAGCUGUUGUUGAUGAGGGCGGAGCUUCAGAGAAGAGUGGAAGAGCUGCAGAGGGAGGCGUCUUCAUCCCGCUCGCUCUCCUCAUCCUCAGAUAUGGGAGGAACAGCCAUGCACACCACUGUAUAACACAUUUAUACAUUUAUAUACCAAAUUAAACUAAAUAAACCAGUAUAGUACAGCAGGAGGGAUUAACCUGUUAUCACUGCGUGUCCCCUGUUUAUUACGGGUUCAGGAUAUUUUGUCCUCCUGUAUUAAACUGAAGCAGAAGGUCUGGUACAGUAUAGUACAGAACAGGUUUCAGGUUCUGUAAGAGAGUUAGAAUACUGACCAUAAUAGAGGAGUAAUGGUACAGAAACGUCAUGGUUUGAUUCACACCUCAGUAUAAACCCCACGGAUCGGUGUGUUUUUGGUUCAUUUGGUGUAAAAAAGCUCUUUUAUUAAAUGCUUGAAACCAG